UAUACUACUCCGUGGUCUGAACGUCCUGAACGUGUUUCUCAUAACCUCAAAUAAAGUCAUAAUUAGUUUCGUUGGUUCACGUGUGUUUGCAUCAUCUAUCUAUAGUCUUUUUUGUUUGCAUCACUUUUUCAUUAAUAAAUACACAAAAGAAGAUGUCGAAAAGGGUGCAGCCACCAUGGAAUCCACCUGAACGUAAGGGAAAUCCAGUUUUAAAAUUAUUUAAUAGUUUAACUCGACAGAAGGAAGAAUUUAUUCCACUUUAUGGUAAUCGGGUACUUUGGUACUCCUGUGGACCGACAGUGUACGAUGCUUCGCAUAUGGGACACGCGAGAUCUUACAUAACUUUUGAUAUUCUUCGACGAAUUCUCACCGACUAUUUUGGUUACGAUGUUCUCUAUGUGAUGAAUAUAACUGAUAUCGAUGAUAAAAUCAUUAAACGAGCAAGACAAAAUUAUUUAUUUGAUCAAUAUGUUGGGGAAAAUCAUACAUUGGAUGAAACACUAUCCGAUGCACGUAGUAUGCUUUCGGCUAUUGAAAGUACAAUAAGAACGACAAAUGACGCCGAUAAAAAGGAAAUGUUUAUUAAAAUGUUGGAUAGAGUUCAAUUAGCAAUUGAAAAUCUCGAAACGGCAGUGAAAUCAAAUGAUGAUAAUAAUAUCAAAAAAUGCCAAAAAAUUUUACUGGCUGAAACUCGAGAUCCAUUAUCGGAUUGGUUGGAUAAGAAAAAUGGAAGUUCAGUAACUGAGCAGUCAAUUUUUAGAAAACUCUCGGAACACUGGGAAUCGGAAUUUCACAAAGAUAUGGAUGCAAUUAAUGUUUUAAGACCAAAUGUAUUAACAAGAGUAAGUGAGUACGUGCCGGAAAUAGUAAAUUUUAUAGAAAAAAUUGUGGCAAAUGGUCUUGCCUACGAAAGCAAUGGAUCGAUUUAUUUUGACGUUUCAACUUUUGAUAAACGAGAUAAGCAUCAUUACGCUAAACUUGUACCAGAAGCUUAUGGCGAUACGUCUAGUUUGCACGACGGUGAAGGAGAUUUAUGCAUUUCUGAGGAUCGAUUAAUGGAGAAAAAAUCGCCAAAUGAUUUUGCUCUGUGGAAAAGUUCAAAAUCAGGUGAACCAUGGUGGGAUAGUCCAUGGGGUCGUGGUCGUCCUGGUUGGCAUAUUGAAUGUUCUGUAAUGGCUUCGGCAAUUUGUGGUGAAAAUUUAGAUAUUCAUACAGGUGGAAUUGAUUUGAAAUUUCCCCAUCAUGAUAAUGAAUUGGCACAAGCUGAGGCAUAUUUUGAUAAUUCACAUUGGGUUCGUUAUUUUCUACAUUCGGGACAUCUCACAAUAUCGGGUUGUAAAAUGUCCAAAUCAUUGAAAAAUUUCAUUACAAUUCAAGAUGCAUUGAAAAAACAUACGGCAAGGCAAUUGAGAUUUGCAUUUCUUCUUCAUUCGUGGAAAGAUACACUUGAUUAUAGUGAUGCCACUAUGGAAAGUGCGGUGCAAUAUGAGAAAUUUAUUAAUGAAUUUUUCUUGAACGUUAAAUGUCGAAUUCGAAAUAUUGGCACAGGAACGACACUCAAUACUUUUAAUAAAUGGACAAAUGCAGAAUUAGAAAUGAAUACGAAAUUUACCACAGCGAAGGAAAGUGUUCAUAAAUCCCUUUGUGACAACAUUGAUACGAGAAGUGCUUUGGAAGUGAUUCGAGAUCUCGUUACACAUUCGAAUGUUUAUAUUAAAGAUACUGAGAAUCCGAAUACACUUUUGUUACGUGACAUUGCUGUUUAUAUGACAAAAAUGUUUACAAUUUUCGGUGCUAUUUCCAGUUCGCAUAAUGACAUUGGUCUUCCAGUUGGCAGUGAAACUGUAAAUUUCAAUAUGGAGGAAACGAUAAUGCCAUAUUUAAAUGUUUUGGCCGAUUUUCGUAAUAAAGUUCGUGAUCAGGCAAAAUCAAUAAAAGCAAUGGAAAUAUUAAAUGAAUGCGAUACAUUGCGUGAUGAUAUUUUACCAAAUUUUGGUGUACGUUUUGAGGAUGGCGAUUUUUGCAGUAUAAAACUUGUUGAUAAAGAGGAACUUUUGCGUGAAAAAGAAAUUAAAAAACAAAUUGACGCUGAAAAAGCGGCCGAGAAGGAAAGAAAAAAAGCGGAAAUUGCCGCUGCAGCCGCUGUCAAAGAUGCUUUACGAAAAAUACCACCAUUGGAAUUAUUUUUAAUGGAAACCGACAAGUAUUCAAAAUUCGACGAGAAUGGCCUACCGACGCUGGACGCUGCAGGUAAGGAAAUUAGUAAAGGUCUUUUAAAAAAAUUACAAAAAUUACAACUAGCACAAGAAAAAAGGUACAACGACUAUCUCGAUAGUUUAAAAACAAAUUCUUAGGUAAAAUGAAAAUCAACAAAAUAAACAUUAUUUUGAUACAACAAUAA